AUGACUUCCAGCCCUAAGGACAACUUCACCAUUGAAAUCCGGCCGUCGUUUGAGGACAAGGAGCCACUUUCCCCCAGUGAAGAUGAGUGUCGGAUCGUCAUCACCGACUGUGAGAUGAUGGUGAGCGGCGACAAAAUAGCCGACGUGGACAAUAACCUCUCUCCCUGGUCCGGAAAAGAGACGCCGUCCGUCUUUGACGAAGGCGACCUGUCGAGAAGCGACAGCCAUCCACGGCGACACCACAAGCACCACCGGCGACAUCACCGUCACAACAACCGGGCGUCGCAGGCCGAGGACCUGUCCGUGGGCCGGUGCCAGUCCAGGCUGGUCAUCGAGGAUGACUUCCCGUCGGACUGCGAGACCGUGGCCACGACCAAGUCGGAGAGCGUCUGGUCCGAGAAGAAGGAGGGGAGGAAGCACAAGCGGAAACGCAAGAAGAAGCGGAAGCAGAACAAGCCCAGCGAGGCUGAGGAAGAGGCCGAGGAAGACCAGGAAGGCAGGCGGGACAAGAAGGCCGAGAUGAUUGUGGUCACUGUGAGUGCCGUCAUACUCACCAUAGCCCUGUUGCUCAUCGGGAUCACGCUUGCACUCACGCCGAAGAUUGACGAGAUGGACUUCCUGGUGCGCGUGUGCAUCAUGUCAAUAGCCAUUCUACUAGCAAUGAUGGCUAAUGGCUUCUGUGAGCCGCAGGGCCGGCGAAAACUAGCCGUUCACGCGAUCUAA